AUGGCCAAAGACGAUGAUCUUCUCCCCGAUGUAGAUGCUGCGAAAGAAUUCUAUUCAAAAUAUGAGCCAAAAGAAAUUCUUGGAAGAGGAAUAAGUUCAACGGUCCGUCGGUGCAUUGAAAAAGAAACUGGUGUGGAAUUUGCUGCCAAAAUAAUUGACAUCAGUAAUGAGCCAGAGAAUAGGACUGCAACAAUUGAAGAAGUUCGGAUCUUGCGUUUGGUUUCCGGCCAUCCAUACAUUAUUCAGCUGCAUGAUGUAUUUGAAUCGGAGACAUUCAUCUUCCUUGUUUUUGAGCUAUGCAAAAACGGAGAGUUAUUUGACUACCUAACGUCAGUGGUCACUCUUUCAGAGAAAAAGACAAGGAAUAUAAUGCGACAACUUUUUGAGGCUCUGGAACAUGUGCAUGGCCAUGAAAUAGUACACAGGGACUUAAAGCCUGAAAAUAUUCUGUUAGAUGAUGCAAUGAACAUUAAACUCACCGAUUUUGGCUUUGCUCGUGUACUUCCACGGGGAGAACUUCUAACAGAAUUGUGUGGGACUCCUGGAUACUUGGCUCCGGAAGUUUUAAGAGUUAACAUGUACGAAGGUGAACCAGGCUAUGCACAUGAAGUUGAUUUGUGGGCAUGUGGAGUCAUUCUGUACACACUUCUAGUUGGUUGUCCUCCGUUCUGGCACCGGAAACAAAUGGUAAUGCUCCGCAAUAUCAUGGAAGGGCAGUAUUCCUUCACAUCCCCUGAGUGGGCUGAUAUCUCAGAGGAGGCCAAAGAUCUUAUACGACGGUUACUUGUGGUGGAUGUUAAACAGAGGUACACUGUGCAUGAUGCCUUGCAGCACCCAUUCCUUCAUGUAAAGCUGUGGGAUACUGACAUGGUUCCUCUGAAACAAAGUCUGGGGACACAAUCCAGAAGAUUCAGCAAAAUAUCUCAGAUGGCAAUGGAUCUGAAAAUAUGUCCAUUCAACGCCCGGAAAAAAUUUAAGUUUGCAAUAUUGUGUGUACGAUCCAUGGUAAGAAUGACCAGAUUGAGAUUUACGCCAGAACCACUGUCCGUAUCUAAAGGUCGCUGUGACCCAUACAGAAUUAAAGUUCUGCGCAAGGUCAUCGACGGCUGUGCAUUCAGAGUUUAUGGCCAUUGGGUGAAAAAAGGCGAAGGACAAAACCGAGCCGCUCUCUUCGAGAACACCCCAAAAACUGAAUUACGUCAGAUUUACAUGAGUAACCUCUCCCCAGUGUCUUAGUCUUAUUUUAGUCAUGGUUUUGAAAGUCAGUCCACACAAUUUAGAAUAGUUACCGUCAAACUUGGUAUUAGGUUGGCCAUCUUGUAUGCAAUAAAUCCUUUAAAAAUAGAGCUGGGAAUGUAGACAGAACAUCAGACAACGCCCUACAUAUAUCCCAACUUUUAAUAGUAUUUGAAAAGUCUAUAGUGUUGAAAGAAUGGUAGGUUUAAUAAAAUAGAGAAAGAAAAAAAUUGUUGGCAUUAAUGGACAAUAAUGUAAAAAGGAACAAAAGAUGGAAACUUUUGUGGCAAGGAACUAUGAAAAGAUUCAUCUAGACUACUUACAUUCUUUGGCAAUAUAUUCUCCUAGUUAUAGAAGGUUUCAGCUUGAUGCUAACUUUAAGUUUAUUUUAAGCAGUUUUGUUCCCAGAAAGAAUUUAACUGGUGCUAUUGUGUUACCUUUUCUUCAAAAAACUUCAAAGACUGAUCAUUUGUCUGACUGAAAGAAGCGUAUCUUUAUUUUUUUAAAUCAACCGUCGCCAAGUACAAAAUAUACUUGCCUAAUUCAGAGGUUUUUUUUUUAUUUUUUUAUUAAUUUAUUUGUGUAUGGUCUGUGGACAUACAGCUGUUGGCUUUGAGCUUUGAAAAAGUGAUAUGCCAUUGAUAAUGAGUGUAUUCAAAAUCGAUAUAUCGAUUAUAACAGAAUGAAUAAAUAGUGCUGGCUCCUCACUAUUCUGCGGAGAAAUCAAAGCCAAAAAUUCAAAAAUUAUUUGACCAUUAAACAAGGUACAUGUUGAAGUAUUCUAAUUUGUAUUCAAUCUUCAAAAUUAAUAAUAUCUGUAAAAAUUUAAAAUAAAAUUUAAAAAUGAAAAACUUCGAAAAGAUUAUACAAUUUAAGUAAGAAGGGAAAGAAAUUAGUUAAAUCGAAAAAAUUAGAAGUAAAAAUGAAAAAAUCCUAGGUAAUCAAAAGUCAAGUUUAAAUAAUAAUAAAUUGUAAAAAAAUUAAAAUUGAAAAUGAUAGGAAAAUAUUAUAAAUAAAAAGAAAAAGUACAAUGAAAAUUUAAAAGUUCCUAUGAAAAUAGAAAAGAAGAAAAAUAGAGAGGAAAAAUGACAAAAAUGUUUCAACAGAAGAAAAAGUAAGAAUGAAUCAAAAUGAAAAUGUAAUGUACAAAAAAAUUACUAAAAUAAUAAGGGGACACAAAUACCAUGAACACAAUAGAGCAGAACACAAUGAAGGAAGAAAUUUGCGAAUUCAUCUUCUCGAGGAAAGCAGUUUCAGACUAAAACUUAGUUCAAAUUUGUUACUUACUUCUUCUAUAUUGAAGAAUCCACAAGUGUGUCUUAGUAAAACAACAUCUCUGCUAUGUCAAUUAAGAUAAAAAUUAAUUUUACAACCUGUAUAUAAAUAAUUAAAUACAGAAAAUUCACAAUUUUUAUAACAGUUAUUUUAACCCUGCCAAAACCAUUAUGAAAAAGCCAGCAAAGAAAAUGAUGACUUUAAAUUGUACAUUAAAAAACUUGUUAAUUAUGGAUCAUGCAAAAUUUUAGACUGCAUUGCAUCUUUCCAUUGAGUGAGCUGUUAUACUUAUUACUUCCUCCAAGUGCUCACCAAAACAAUCAGCAUUCAUUUUAUUAGUUUUGUGGUUGUAAAUAAUUGUGCAAAUUCAGCCUAAUUAGGAUUUAGCAUAGAAUCCAUAUUUUGUUUUUGUCCACUACCCAUCAUAAUUCAAACUGUGAAACUUCUAUGGAAUCUAUAGCAUAUUCAUAAAAGUUCUCUGAUUUCAAUGAAAGAUGGAUAUCCAUGAAAGUCCCUGGAAUCUGUACGGAACACUUUCAACAGGAUAAGGUAGAAACAGGAAUUUCGAGGCCAAGUAUUUUUUUUACUUCUAACUCAAAAAAGGACUUGGUUUUCUUUCUAAUAAAUUCGUUGAAAUCCAUUUUUGUGUAUUGUCUAGUCCCAGUAAAAAAUAUCUUUAUGAUUGGGUGAAAACCCAGUUUACAUCUAACUGAUCUAGUCCAAAAUUGGACUGGCUUUGAUAGUCAAGCAGGACUUUACCCUGUGCCUUUCAGUUUCUGUUCAGCUGUAAUCUAGUCCUGUCUUCUUUUACACAUAUCGUUCAGAAAUCUGUGGUUUGUCUACUUUAGCAUGUAAGCUACUUCAAUGAAUAAGUCUUAGCAGACAGUAGUUGAAUCGUACAGUUUGAAAAGGGCAGAAGUAAAGAAAAAAAAAAACUCUUGCCUGAGCAUUCAUUGUUUAUGGUAUCUCAUGGGUUUUCGGACUUCCUUUUUCCAAGCUUGUCAAAAGAUUCAAUUUUAAAUUUUAAUGUAUGAAAAUGGAAAGUCAAUAAACCUAUGAGCCUCACAAGAGCUGUUUUCACCGAUGGAUGAUAACUCAUCAAUUUUUUUACUUUUGAACGGUCUUAAACUGUAGAUUAAGUUAUAUCAAACCUUUCAAAAAACAACUGAAACAUUUCUCAUCAUCAGCUACAAAGCGUAGAUCUCCCUCUUCUUAACUCUGCCAAAUGUAUUUCAGGCUAUUACUGCCAUUGCGCAAAGAUUGAGCCAAGAAUAUAACAUUCAACUGGUUGUUUUUGAUGCAUAAUCACUUUUUAUACAAUGUCAAAUUGUACUUAUCUUCCCGAAGGUUAUUAUGUCUUUAGUAACUUAAAAUAACUGAAUUCUAAAUAGCUAUAAUUCAGAGGUUAAUUGAGUAGUGAGUCAAGUAUUACUAUAGAUUUGUAAAUAUUCCUUGUGCCUGUAAAAUUUUGCUCACUCAUGAUGAAUUAAUAAUUUUGUCAAAUUUUGUAAGAACAUUUUAAGAGGUAGAUAGUAUGGAGCUAUGAACUUUCUUUGAUAUUAGGGUUUGUAUAAGUUAAGAUUGGACAGGAAAUUGUUUCAUUUUGUUGAUGUACUUAAAUCAUAAAAUUACUUGACAUUGAACAAUCAUAACUUUAAAAAAAAUUGAAAUAUUAUCAUUCAAGAAAUUGAGUACAUGCUCAUUGUUACAAAAUAAAAUAACAACUACUUUCAUCCGCAGCAUGAUACCUGAUUUUGUUCGUUGUUUUUUUUUUAAAGAAUACUGCUGUCCUGAGCAAAAAAUUAUUAAAUCAAUCAUUUUGUUCCAGAUUUUCUUCAUGUCUUGUGAUUAAUUUUGUAACUGAAAGAAUGAUCUU